CCGUUGCCAAUGACAGCAGUCAGCUGAGGAUUUUGCAUUACUUGAUUCAGUGUAGCCGAAGCAGCACCGUAGUCUUCUAGCCUUGACAUUGUUGGAGAAUGCCUAAAUUGGGAUAGCUGGUGUUGUGAAGACAAGUCACCAUGUUAUGAAAAACAUUUUCCUUGGAGCAGGUGGAAACAGUAGAGUGGAGCCGCUACACAAUGUACUCAGACUGGCGCUCGCUGCACCUAAUGGUGCAGAGUGACCAGGGCCACCUCAGUGUCCUUCACACGUACCCUGGAGGCGUGGGGUUGGAGGUGGCCAACGCAGUGGUCAAACCCCUGGGGACGGCCGCCAUCCCCAUGGCCACCGAGAACAUCCUCAAGACGGACAAAGAGGUGAAGUGGACCAUGGAGGUACUGUGCUAUGGCCUAACUCUUCCCCUGGAGGGGGACACGGUGAAGCUGUGUGUGGACGUAUACACAGACUGGAUGAUGGCCCUGGUGAUGCCCCGGGACUCCAUUCCACAGCCGGUGGUGAAGGAGCCCAACCUGUACGUCCAGACCAUCCUCAAACACCUCUACAACGUCUUCUUACCCAGGCCGGAGCAGUACAGUCUGAGCCACAUCCGGCUGUGCCAGCAGGUGCUGACGGCAGUACAGAAGCUGGCCAGGGAGUCCGUCUCCAUGGUGAGAGAGACCUGGGAGGUACUGCUGCUCUUCCUGCUCCGGAUCAACGACACGCUGCUGGCCCCGCCCACCAUUGGAGUGGGUGUGGCAGAGAAGCUGGCGGAUAAGCUGAUGGCGGUGCUUUUUGAGGUGUGGCUGCUGGCGUGCGCCCGCUGCUUCCCCACGCCGCCCUACUGGAAGACUGCUCAGGAGAUGCUGGCCAACUGGAGGCACCACCCACCCGUGGUGGAGCAGUGGAGCAGGGUGGCCUGCGCCCUCACCUCCAGGCUGUUGCGGUUCACCCAUGGCCCCUCGUUCCCCCCGUUUAAAGUCCCUGAUGAGGAUGCCAACCUGAUUCCAGUAGAGAUGGACAACGACUGUGUUGCCCAGACCUGGUUCCGCUUCCUCCACAUGCUGAGCAACCCCGUGGAUCUGAGCAACCCGACGUUGGUUAGCACCACGCCCAAGUUCCAGGAGCAGUUCCUCAACUCGAGCGGCAUCCCUCAUGAGGUGGUGCUGCACCCCUGCCUCAAGCAGCUUCCCCAGAUCUUCUUCAGGGCCAUGCGGGGGGUCAGCUGCCUGGUGGACGCCUUCCUGGGCAUAUCACGGCCCAGGGUCGACAGUGCCCCGCCCACACCGGUCAACAGACUGAGCAUGUCCCCUCCCUCCUCCAACAACACCACGCCCCCACACAGCCGCAAGCAGCGACACACCGUGGUCACCAAAACCGCCAGCAAGAGUUUAACGGGCAGCGUAGCCCAGCCAGCCAAAGUGUCCGCGUCCCAGCAGCUGUCGUCAUCGCCCACCAUGCUGGCCAGCCCCACCCAGAGCAGUUGGGAGAUGCAGCCGCUGCCCGCCCCAGCCAGGCCUAAGGUCAACAGCAUCCUCAACCUCUUCGGUCAGUGGCUGUUUGACGCGGCGCUAGUGCACUGCAAGCUCCACAGCGGCCUCAGCCGAGACCCCAGCAUGACUGCCAUAGCCACUCAGGUGGGUCUGGAGCUGAGAAGGAAGGGAUCCCAGAUGUCCACCGACUCCAUGGUGUCAAACCCCAUGUUCGACACCAACGAGUUCCCCGAGAGCUACGAGGCGGGCCGUGCCGAGGCCUGCGGUACCCUGUGCCGCAUCUUCUGCAGUAAGAAGACUGGAGAGGACAUUCUCCCAGUCUACCUGUCCAGGUUCUACAUGGUUCUGAUCCAGGGCCUCCAGAUCUCUGACUUCAUCUGCAGGCCCGUGCUUUCCAGCAUCAUCCUCAACUCCUCCUCUCUGUUCUGCUCCGACCUGAAGGGCAUCAACGUGGUGGUCCCCUACUUCAUCUCAGCUCUGGAGACCAUUCUGCCAGACAGGGAGCUGUCUAAGUUCAAGCUGUACGUGAACCCCACUGACCUGAGGAGGGCUUCCAUCCACAUCCUACUGGCCAUGCUGCCGCUCCCACACCACUUUGGCAACGUCAAAUCCGAGGUUCUUCUGGAGGGGAAGUUCAGUGAUGAUGAUGGGGCACCCCACGAGCAGUCCCUUUCCUUCCUGUCCCUGAGGCUACGUCUUGUCAACGUCCUCAUCGGAGCCCUGCAGACAGAGACGGACCCCAACAACACCCAGCUCAUCCUAGGUGCAAUGCUUAAUAUUGUUCAAGACUCUGCUCUGUUGGAGUCCAUAGGUGCACAAACUGAAACGGGCAGUGUGGAUGGGAGCCACGCGGGGCUGAAGGGCCACAGCCGCACCAGCAGUAGCUUCAGCUUUACUAGCGGGGGCAGCACUGGCACUGAGGCCACCAGCCCAGACUCAGAGCGCCCGGCCCAGGCGCUACUCCGGGACUACGAUACUGCGGCGGGCCUCCUGGUGCGCAGCAUACAUCUGGUCACCCAGAGGCUCAACUCCCAGUGGAGGUCCGACAUGAGCAUCUCAUUGGCCGCCCUGGAGCUGCUGGCUGGCCUGGCCAAGGUGAAGGCGUGUGUGGACUCUGCGGACCGUAAGCGUGCCGUCAGCUCAGUGUGUGGUUACAUCGUGUACCAAUGCAGCCGGCCGGCCCCCCUUCACUCCAGAGACCUCCACUCCAUGAUCGUAGCAGCCUUCCAGUGUCUGUGUGUGUGGCUGACCGAGCACCCAGACAUGCUGGAUGAGAAGGACUGUCUGAUGGAGGUAUUGGAAAUUGUAGAGCUGGGUAUCUCAGGCAGCAAGUCCAAACAGGAGCAGGAGGUGAGACACAAGGGAGAGAAGGAGCACAACCCUGCCUCCAUGAGGGUCAAGGAUGCAGCAGAGGCCACCCUCUCCUGUAUUAUGCAGGUCCUGGGGGCCUUCCCAUCCCCAAGCGGCCCGUCCUCUACCUGCAGCCUGCUAAACGAGGACACUCUGAUCCGCUACGCCCGGCUCAGCGCCACAGGGCCCAGCAACUUCCGCUACUUUGUCCUGGACAACUCGGUCAUCCUGGCCAUGCUGGAGCAGCCACUGGGCAAUGAGCAGAGUGAGUAUGACCCCAGCCCGUCAGUGACGGUCCUAAUCCGGGGCAUGGCCGGCCGACACGCUUGGACUAUGCAACUCUUCCACCAGCCCAGAGGAGCACGGGCCAACCAGAGGCAGGUGUUUGUCCCUGAGGGCCGCCCAGCGCCUAACAAUGACGUGGGGAUUCGCUACACUGUCAAGCAGAGGCCCUUCCCUGAGGAGGUAGACAAGAUCCCCCUGGUCAAAGCCGACGUCAGCAUCCCAGACCUGGACGACAUCGUUAACAAAGAGCUGGGGAUGCAGCAUGAUAGGCUGCGCAGCAUGAUGACCAAGCAGAUUGAGUAUGAGUGUUCCCUGGAGCGCCACAGCGAGGACGUCUGGAGUUCCAAGUCAUUCCCAGACCCCCUGACUGACUGCAAACCGCCUCUGCCCGCCCAGGAGUUCCAGACAGCCCGCCUCUUCCUCUCUCACUUCGGCUUCCUAUCUCUAGAGGCACUGAAGGAACCGGGCAACAGCCGUUUACCCCCUCACCUCAUCGGACUGGAGUCCUCAAUGCCAGGGUUCUUUGAUGACAUCGCCUACUUGGACCUGUUGCCAUGCCGACCUUUUGACACUGUCUUUGUGUUUUACGUGAGGGCGGGACAGAAAACCAGCCACGAGAUCCUGAGGAACGUGGAGACGUCGUCCAGCGUCCAGCCCCACUUCCUGGAGUUCCUGCUUUCUCUGGGCUGGCCCGUGGAUGUGGGCCGGCACCCCGGCUGGACCGGACACCUGGACACCAGCUGGUCCCUUAACUCCUACAGCAGCGACAAUGACUCACAACAGAUAGAGGAGGCAGCUCCACCGGGGGACACGGGAGGUUCUGUAUUCAACGGGGAGAAGAAGGUGCUCUACUACGCCGACGCUCUGACUGAGAUCGCCUUUGUCGUUCCAUCGCUGACAGACUCCGAGGAUUCCUCGGUGCACAGUGACUCUACAGUGGAGGCGGACACACACACAGACCUCCUGCCUAGUUUACUAAAACAACCCAAGCUAACACUGGAGCUCUUCCCCAAUCACUCAGACAACCUAGCAGCUUCCCAAAGGCAGAAUUCUAUGGUGAAGACUAAGAGGUCCUCCACAGGAAAGACUGCCCCUCCCCUGGGGCCUGAGACUAAGGUGCUAGUGGUCUGGGUGGAGCGCUACGAUGACAUCGAGAACUUCCCUCUGUCUGAUCUCUUGGCGGAAACCGGUACUGGUUUGGAGGCGAACAACAGCACUUCCUGCAGGUCUGGGCUCCUGGAGAAGGACAUGCCCCUGAUCUUCAUCCACCCCCUAAGGACGGGUCUGUUCCGGGUCAGGCUCCACGGGGCCAUGGGCAAGUUCAACAUGGUCAUCCCCCUGGUGGAUGGCAUGGUGGUCAGCCGCAGAGCACUAGGGUUCCUGGUGCGCCAGACGGUCAUCAACGUGUGCCGGCGGAAGCGACUGGAGAGUGAGACGUACAGCCCGCCGCAUGUGCGGCGCAAGCAGAAGAUUGCAGACGUUGUGCACCGCUACCGCAACAAGCAGCUGGAGCCUGAGUUCUACACCUCACUCUUCCAAGACGUGGGGGAGGGGAGGCCAGUUCACCUUUGACCUCUCCCCUCCCUUUGAAAAACACUAACAGACACACACUCUCUCACACACACACACAGCCCCAGAUUCUCUAUAUUUAUACAGUUCUAUUUUGUUAUUUAUGUCAAACGCUGCCAUUGACGUCGAGAGCAGUGUCAAAAAAAUUGUUACCAGGUGCAAGCAGUACAUUUGUAGUACGAACACAUCUGAGCCUGUCUUUUUGGUGGCUACUAAGCCCCAGUUAAGCUCGGGACACUUGGCAUUGAAAAUAUACUGCACAUCCUUAUCAGUCUACUCUAUGCUUUGUGGCACCAGUUUCUGACACUCUAUAAUUUGCAAUAGGAUAAUCUACUUUUGGUCUUUUCUUAAUAUUGUGAUGAAGAGUGGACAACGUUAUUGGCCUUUUAAUUCUCCAUUUUAGAGUUUCUGUUUUUAAUGAAGAUGUAGCCUAAAUGUAGAUGGACCAGACUCCUAAUAUAGGGUUACUUGAUCAUUUUACAUGUAUCAUAUCGAUACAGAUGGGGAGAGGAAGGAGAGACUCUGGGAUUUGGGCCGAUACCGUGCGGGUGGUUGUGGUGAGAGAUUUGGUGAACUGCAGUUGGAUCAAGACAUUAUACGCAAUGGAUCCAUAUAUUACUUUGAAAGUGUUUACAUCUUAUCUAAAAACGAUCGUAAAAAAAAAAAAAAAAAAAAAAAAAAAGUAUUCUCCUCUCAUGUAUCUGUCCAAAGUCUUCCAUGUCAUUGAGAAAAUGGAGUUGAACAUUGCAGCAAUAUUAGGCAUUAGUCAGCUUACUUACUGAGUCUCAAAACAUGGAAAAAUAAGCGAAGACAUUUAAAGGGGUACUUACAUUUACAUUUAAGUCAUUUAGCAGACGCUCUUAUCCAGAGCGACUUACAAAUUGGUGCAUUCACCUUAUGACAUCCAGUGGAACAGCCACUUUACAACUCACUCCCUUAUCUAAAUUCUUCUGUUUUCAUACCAGUUUUAAGGUGUAGUGGUGAACUAUCCCUUUAAUGUUGGUCAGCUACUAACUGAGAGAUUGCAUAGAUAUUGUUCUUACAAUGAAGUGGACCAGUGUUAUUCGUUCCGGCACUGAACCAUUUUGACGUGUAGGUCAUAUUGCACUGUUUGUGUGAGACUGCAGAUGUCAACAUUGCAUCUGAGGUGUUUCUGCUCUCGUCUGCAAGUCUAAUCAGAUCAGUCACUCCAUCCCACGCAACGGCAUGUCUAUACUGUAUGCGUGAUGCAACACAUGGAAGUGAUGGAAGAUGAGCAUACGGUUCUUCUCCUUUCUGCUGAUGGCACAUGGUUCUUCUCCAUUCUGAAGAAGGCAAACUUUGUCAGAUGAUGUGUCUAGGCAUUGCUCUUCUUUAUCAGAAAUGCAUUUCCUUGUGUACGGAGAAAAGUUGUUGGUCUCUUUGAAUGUGUGAGAUUGUCUCAAAAUCUAUUUUGUUUUUUGUUGCAUCUUCUAAAACAAAACGUUAAGCGAAAAUACACGUUGUUUCAUUGGAUGGCAAGUUGACUGAUAGGCUAGUUGUAUUAAGGAAAGGUCAAGUACAGUUACAUGUGAUUAGGAAUCAGAAAAUUAUUAGAAUUAACAGAUUUUCAUAUUCACUGCAAAUUAACAGUUUUAUUCCAUCUAUACAAUCGUGAGUUUACUUUGCGUAUUGCAAUUGGUUUACCGAUUUUUGUUUACUUACUGUGCUUUUAAAAGCCCUGAAGCGAACCCUUUACUGUCUGCCUGUAAUAAUGUGCAUUUAUUUAUGGCAAUGAUUGAAAAGGAUAAACCUCCAUACAUAUUUAUUUGAUCUUUAUGCACUGAGCACAUUUUUAUAUAUAUAUUUUUUAACUUUUUUUUUUUUUUUUUUACAGUGGUCUGCAGUUUGGAGAUAUACUCAAGGAAGAGUUUUAUCUUAUGAAAUGUAAAUGACGAAAAGACAAGGUCUAUUUUAACAAACCUAACGCAAUGGGACAGUAGCACUAUAGGUCCAGGGGUGUGUCAGAAAUACGUUAGCUAUUUUCACAGUGGGAAUUAUGGGUACAGUAGCUGGCGGUGGUGCGAAAAGGCUGGGUUUUGAUGAAUGAAUAAGUUCUAGAUGUGUUGAGGUGCUCCCUGGCUAAAUAUGUGGUUGCUUCAAGUUGUGUAUUUCCUUUAUUUUGUUAUACAAUCCAAUUGGACAUGCCAGACAUUGUCAAAAAGCAACAUUGAAUUUACUAUUGAUAAGACUCCAAAAAAGACAUUGAAUAAUACUUGUCAAAUUCGAAUAAAAAAUAAAACAACUUGUUUGAAAUAGGCUACAUCUAAAUCCAGUUACAGACACCAAUUACUCCCUGUGGGCAUAUAAUAUUCAGACAUUGUAGACAAUGGAGGGUUUUACACACACACACUUUUCACAGGAGCUGGAAAAAAUUUGAAUAGAUAUUUAUUUAUUUGUCUGAAAUAGACCCCUUAGUCUACGACAUGUUUAACCUAUCAUUUAAUUAGAUUGUCUUACUUUUUGAUGGUUUUAUGAAUGUAUGUGCUUUUGCACAUAGCCUACCUUUUUUUGUUAAGGAACAAAAGUAUGGAAUAUUAAUUAAUCAAAGCAAUUGCAUACAAUCAAUAGCUCAUCUUAUCCUGAAUUACUUAUUUUGUCGUUUGGUAAUAUUUAAGAACUUGUGUUGUACAGAAAGGAAGAAUUAUAUGUAAAAUAUAAGAAAUUGUGAGGUUUGUCUGUUGCAUUCCUCUUUUAAAAAGGCAAAAACAAAAUGUAUGUAUGUAUGCAACUGUCUGGGAGAAUCACAGUGGAAAAUGAAUGUAACCUGCAUUGAUUAAAACUUAUCUUUUCAUUUAAUCCUUUUGAUCCCCAACCUUUGUUUACAUGGUGUCUGAGGAAUAAAGUUGAAUCACACUUUUUAAUGUUC